UAAUAUAAAUUUAGAUUAAGAUUUUAGACGCAGUUGCUAGUGAAUACAGAAUAGUGAUUAUAAAUGAUUCAUGUUUAUUGUUCUGCGAUUUUCAUAAAAGAAAUUUUUCGCUUACCCAUCUWACAAUAAUUUUUUUUAAAUAUUGAUUAUUCAUCGUUUUUAUUACAAUCAGCAUUUGUAUUAACAUACUGUCAACUGUAAAACGAAUAACUUGCCAGUUUACAUACUAGUAUUUUUUUAAUUAAAAAAAGAAAACAUGGCACCAUCAGCUGCAGUGAGCAAGAGAGAUGAUGGUCCAUCAACAUCCGAAGAUUUCGAUUUAGAUAAGACAGCCGAAGAGGCGAAAUCUUUGAUUGAGAAAGUCAUCAGAGACGUUGGCAAAAAGUCUGCAACCAGACAAUUGCUUUUUGGUUCAGCGUCUGGAUGGGCGACCGGUUUUAUUAUGAUGAAAUURGGUAAAGCUGCUGCAUUCACAGUCGGAAGUGGCAUAUUAGCUCUACAACUAGCCAAUUCGAGUGGUUAUAUAAAAAUUAAUUGGGAUAAAUUGACCAGAGGUGUUGAAAGAGUGGCUGAACAAGUCGAAGACAGUACAAGUGACAAGAAACAAGGAUUAUUGAAAAAGGUGGGGCGCUUUGUUGACAAGAAACUUGAUAAGGCUGAGGAUUUAUUAAGGAAGAAAGAACGCAAAGCUAAACGUUGGUUUAACCGUAUAUCUGGUGAUGAGGAUGAGUUUAUUUUUGAAGAGAUUCAUGUAUUCUUAGCAUCUUACUUAGUUGGCCUUGUACUUGGAAUUUCUUGUGGCAUUGUUGCUCGUUGAAACGGUCAUUAAACAGUUCAUAUUCAUUAACAUACAUAUUUAAAAAUAAAAUCGUUUUWUUAAAUGUUUACAUGUAUAUAGCAAAUCACUACUACUAAUAGUUCCAUAUUUAACACUUAUUUCAUUAAUUUACAUAAUUGAUAAUUAUAUUGUAUUAUCAUCAUAUUAUUUAGUUUAAGUACUAUUUUGAUACUAGUCAGUUYGAAAUGAGUUGUUCCGUUCAUUUGUAUAAUGGUUUGUGAUCAAAUAAAUUAUGAA